ACCACGAAAUCACAUCAUGGCUUCUUCCUACGUUCUAUCGCUUCUCCGCCGCCGCCGCCGCCGCUGCACCAUCCCCACCCUCCCCCCGCUCCUCCCCCGCCUCCUUUCCUCCUCCUUUUCCCAUUGCCCUUCGUCCCUCUCACCGGCGAAGCCCCCUUCCCUCUCCGCCCGCCUCUCGUUCGUGUUCGACCAACUCGAUGCCCUCGACCGCUCCCGCUUCUCCGACCACUCCGCCCGCGACGCGGCCCUCCGCCGCAUCCAGUCCUGGCGCCGCCCCGCCGCGCUUCCGGACGUGCUGCCGGCGGAGGCGGAGCCGCGACCGGCACCCGAACCUGGCGAGCCGGUGAAGAAGGAACCUGAGGCGGUGGACGUUGCCGGAAAGGAGGAGCUGGAGAGGAUGAGCGUGGCGGAGGUGCUAAGGAGGGAAGUGGAGCUCGUGCAUCCCUGGCCGGAGUGGAUCGAGCUGAUGGAUCGGCUGGCGCAGCAGAAAUACUUCGACCUUGGGGGCACCGGCGGCGCUGACGAGGGCUGCGUCGCCGCCGCCGUGCCAAUGGACCUAGCGGAAGUCACUCAAGAGACUGGUUUUGACUUCUCUAGGGACUGGACCACUGUCAAGAAUGCCUGUAUGAACUUCGGCCGUGACCGUUUCGACAUCGUCAAGUCAUUGCCUAGGAAGGAUCUUCAGGUAUUGGUUGGCCAUGGGUGCCCUAGCAUGGAUCCGAAAGUUGUGUUUUCUGCAAAGCUGAUAAGAAAACUUGUCCAUCUUGAUGAGGGGGAUGUAUGCAGUUCUUGUAAUUUACGAAAUCUAUGCUCAAGGGGCUAUAUUCUUACACGCAAAGAAGAUGAAGCUCGAACUCUUGAUGUUAUGCGUAUUUUGUUGUUCUAUGGUUUUGAUCAUGUAAAGGAAACUGUGGAGAACAAGCCACUCCUCAAACUGAAAUCUGUGAAGACAGUUGUUCGUAAAUUGAUACAUGACAUUGCCAAGCUGAGCGCUGUCCCCAUUGAUCCCAAUCUUCCGCCCCCUAUAAUCAGAAAGCCACCACCUAAGGUGAAACAACCACCUCCACCACCAAAGAAACGAGUGGGACGUGAUGAUGUAGAGAUGAAGAAAGGAGAUUGGCUCUGCCCAAAGUGUGACUUCAUGAACUUUGCAAAAAACACUAUUUGCUUGCAAUGCGAUGCUAAACGUCCCAAAAGGCAACUUCUCCCUGGAGAAUGGGAGUGUCCUCGGUGCAACUUUUUGAACUACAGGCGGAAUAUGUCGUGCUUCCAUUGUGAACACAACCGUCCACCAGAUGAAUACACCAACAGCCAAAUGGAAGCUAAUCAAUCUGUUCCACGAAAGCGAUUGGAAAGACCUGCUCACAAAUCUGAAGUUUGUAAUGCAUGGAACUUUGAUUUUGAUGACAAUGAAUCAGAUGGUGCUGAUGUUGCAGCAUUUGAGUUUGCUGAUUCAUCAAAGGCCAGGAAUAGCUUGUCUGUGGACAACACGUCUUCUAGAGGUGGUUCUAAGUUCUCUGAGGACAACGAAUUUGGAAUUAAUGAAACAUGGAGAGAGGGAACAGAGAGAAGGUUUUCAGAAAGAGAAAGAGUUGGUUUUGAUGACUUUGAUGACGAAGAGGAUGAUAUUGAUAGUUACGAGCUUGAUUUAUCAAAGGGUGGUCAGACAGAUGGAAUGUCAAGGAUGAGUUAUUUGGACUUUGAAGAUGCUUGUGACUCGGCAGACCUAAAUGGGCGUGCUAAAAUUAGGAACUCUAAGCACGGUGAAGAGGAGGAUAUAAUAGGGUCUCCUGAGGAUGAGGAAUUUGAUCACCCUUCCCUGAGAUCUAGUCAUCUUGCUGCUUCUUGGAGGAAACCUGUAAGCUGCAAUGGUUCCAACAACCACAGAAGGGAAUCUUUUGGCUCGGAGAGUGAUGAUGGGAUUAUUUCUGAUUUGGAUGGGGAUAUUAAUGAAGGAUUGAAAUGUAAAGGAGGCCAUAACAAGCAUUAUCCUAGAAGAGUUGUUGUUAGGCAUAAUGAACUUGAUGAUGUACCAUUUUCAGAUAUGGAUUGUGACAUAGGUGGCUGUGUUCAGUCAGAUAGGAGGAACAGGUUCUCAACAAAGUUCAGUGAUGAAUUCCAUGCCAGGGCCUCCAACUCAAAUAGGAAGAAAAUGAAUGAACGAUUCAAGAGUUCUGAUAUGCGUGAUGGUCACCCGCCCUUUGAUAGGACUCGUACAAGAGGUACUACUGAACUACAUGAUGGCUCAAGAGAUCUACAGAGUAACGCAAGAAGAAAUUGGGUUAAAAGUGGUGGAUUUGAUGAUAACAACAGGCCGCUCAGGCGUUUGAACAGAAGAUAGGGGAAUCCAGUUACUGUGCAGUCCUUCCAACUAGCUGUCGUAUUAGUGUUCUCCGAUGUAAGGUGCAGCUUUUUUAAUUGGAAACAUAGAGCUAUGAGAUUGCAUGCAGAUCUGCGGUUGAUCUCAAUCCAAAGAUCCACAUGCUAAAUUUCCUGCAUGCAAUACGGGAUUGAUGCUAUUGAAUCCCAAGGUCCGGCUAAAAUGUGUGCCUAGAAUAUAUUUCUAGCCUUUUCUCCCCGACUAAGCAUUUCUGGUCUUGAGACAAAGAUGUUUAAGCAUUCCCAGUAAAAUAAAUGUGUAAGUAUUCAUCAUGGUUAGGGUCGUAUGAAAAGAACUGUUCUCGAUUUUAUACGAAUUUCUGUUCCAUCGUAUUUUCAAGGAGAGGGAAGUAUGAGUAAGAGCUUAUUCACAUGAUCA